CUUCCUUCCCAUAUGAAUUUUCUUUUCUGAUUUUCCUCUCGAUUACACACACACAGAUACAAUUUUGAUUCAUCCAUCAUCUGUCUUUGAUAUUUUUUUGUAGUUACUUCUUUUCUUCCACACAAAGAGCCUUGAUAUUUGAAAGCACCACCAAAACUUGUAUGCUGCGCAAACGCAAUCUCAAUUGGUGGGAAAAAAAGAAGAAGAAGAAGAGAGAGAGAGAGAGACAACUCGGACAAGUUACUUACUUGGCCAUUAGCUAAGACUUAGCAUAAAAUUUUCUUUUUGGGUGUUGUAAGGAAAAAGCUAUUACAGAGAGAUCUGAAGCUUGGUUUGCAUUAGUCUGGAAUUGAGAUUGAGUGAUCUGGGUUUUUGCUCGGAAGUUCAUUUCACGAUCUGGCUUCAAGCAAAAGUGUUGGGUAAAGUUUGGUACUUUACGGUUCUCUGCUUCGUUUUCGAGUAAAGUUAGGACAUUCAAAUCGAAAGAAUAGUAACAGAGUUUGGUAAAGUUUAGUGCUUUACGGUUACUGUCAUCCUCAAGCUCCGGAAAAUUUGUUAAAAAUUGGGUCUUUUUGAUUUAGAUGGCAACACCGGUGCAGCCUCCUACGGCGGAGGAGGUGUCACCGUCUCCACCUUUGUCUCCCGGUGGUAAUGCUGUUUCUCCUACGAGAGAGCCCAUUGAUGGCAAUUCACCGGAGAUUCCUAACCCUCCACCUCUGUCUACUCCUCCGGCGACUACAUCACCAUCACCACCACCAGAAGAACCUUCUUCCUCACCACCUCCACCUAUCGGAGCUCCUCCUCCUCUUACUCCCACGUUACCUGACCCACCACCACCAUCAUCACCUGACACCUCUCCACCUCCACCAAAUGAUCAGCCUACCAUCUCACCACCGGAAACAUCUCCUCCUCCUCCUCCUACUCCCACUUCACCUGACCCGCCAUUAAACACACCACCAUCACCUGAGACCUCUCCCCCUCCACCUCCGCAGCCUGCUAUUUCACCACCAUCAUUACCGCCGCCGGAACUAUCUACUCCUCCACCACCAUCAUCACCUGAGAGUUCUCCUCCACCACCAUCAUUACCGCCGCCGGAAGUAUCUACUCCUCCGCCACCAUCAUCACCUGAGACCUCUCCUCCACCACCAUCAUCUCCUGAUCGGCCUGCCAUUUCACCAUCAUCAUUUCCGCCACCGGAAACCUCUCCUCCUCCACCAGCUUCAGACCCACCUAGAAACCCACCUCCAUUAGUCCCACCGUUACAUUCAUCUCCACCUCCUCCACGUCCUCCCCCCUCCCCACCAGGCUCACAACGUCCUCCUGCUCUCUCUCCUCCUCCUCCUCCUCCUCCUCCACGGGAUCCAGAACAUCCUGAGCAACCUCCUCCUCCUCCGGAUUCUAAACGUCCUCCUCCACCAGAGAAAAUCCAACCACCUUCCAAGCCAAGUCCAGCUCCCUUACCUUCUAACUCUUCUUCAUCUCCCUCACCACCAUUAGUCCCAUCACCUCCUUCUCCUCAAAAAUCUGUACCAGACUCAGCCAAUCCACCUCAACAAAACAACCUUACUCCUCCUCUGACAAACAAUUCCACCAACUCAGGUUUUAGUACAGUAGCUGUCGUAGGUGUCAGUAUUGGUUUGGUCCUUUUACUCCUUAGUCUUAUUGGACUUAUUGUCUGGUGCGUGAGGAGACAGAAAAAGAGUCUUCCUGCCAUUGGCGGUGGCUAUGUUAUGCCAUCUCCUAUAGUUUCCUCCCCAAGAUCAGAUUCAACGCCUUCUAAGACCAACUCGUCCGCCCCUCUAGUGGGAAACCGUUCAAGCAACAGGACAUUCUUUUCACAACCAGAACCUGGUGGGUUUGGUCAUUCGAAGGAACUGUUCUCGUACGAAGAACUCGUCAAAGCAACAAACGGAUUCUCUGAUGAAAAUCUACUGGGUGAAGGCGGGUUUGGUUGUGUAUAUAAAGGGGUUCUACCAGAUGAACGAGUGGUGGCUGUGAAACAGUUAAAGAUAGGUGGAGGACAAGGCGACCGAGAGUUCAAAGCCGAGGUUGAAACCAUAAGCAGAGUUCAUCACAGGCAUUUGCUUUCUUUGGUUGGAUACUGUAUCUCCGAGAACAGGAGAUUGCUUAUUUAUGAUUAUGUUCCUAACAACAACCUUUACUUCCACCUUCAUGCUGCAGGAACUCCGGGUCUGGACUGGGCAACGCGUGUUAAAAUCGCUGCUGGUGCGGCUCGUGGAUUAGCCUAUCUCCAUGAAGAUUGUCAUCCUCGUAUCAUACACAGGGACAUCAAAUCAUCCAACAUUCUUUUAGAUAAUAACUUUCACCCUCUGGUUUCUGACUUUGGUCUUGCAAAGCUAGCUCUCGACUGUAACACACAUAUUACAACUAGGGUUAUGGGAACGUUCGGGUACAUGGCUCCUGAAUAUGCAUCGAGUGGCAAAUUAACUGAAAAGUCAGAUGUGUUCUCCUUUGGUGUUGUUUUACUUGAGUUAGUCACUGGACGUAAGCCUGUUGAUACAUCACAACCUUUAGGAGAUGAGAGCCUUGUUGAAUGGGCUCGUCCUUUGCUUAGUCAUGCCAUAGAAACCCAAGAGUUUGAAGCUUUAGUAGAUCCCAAGCUUGGAAGAAACUACGUUGCCGCUGAAAUGUUUAGAAUGAUUGAAGCAGCUGCAGCUUGUAUACGCCAUUCAGCUGCAAAGAGACCUCGAAUGAGCCAGAUCGUGAGAGCUUUUGACAGUCUAGCUGAGGAAGACCUCACAAACGGGAUGAGACUAGGCCAAAGCGAGAUCAUCAACUCAGCUGAGCAGUCUGCAGAGAUCAGAUUGUUUAGAAGAAUGGCUUUUGGCAGCCAAAACUACAGUACAGAUUUUUUCUCUCAUAAUAUUUACAAUAGCAGAGACGAAAACGUGUAAAUAUCAGAAACAAAAACUCAUUGGAGAUUGAUUUUGGCCAAGAAGCAUAAAACCUUUCUUGAUUA